AUGAUAUCGGACAACGCAACCACCUAUGUUGCUUCUUCUAGGGAAAUCAAAAAGUUAACAUCUUCACACAGUCUUCAAGAAACCUUAAACACCAAUAGUACAAGAUGGAAAUUCAUACCUAAGAGAGCACCCUGGUACGGCGGCUUCUGGGAACGACUAAUAGGACUUACAAAGAACUGCCUAAGGAAAGUACUAGGAAGAUCCUUUGUAAAUUUAGAUGUCCUGAACACAAUCAUCGUAGAAAUUGAGCGCAUUCUGAAUGACCGUCCUCUGACCUAUGCAUCAGCCGUCCCAUUGGACGAAGAUCCCCUAACACCCUCUCAUCUACUGUAUGGAAGGAAAAUCAAGUCAUUCCCUUAUCCUGGGAGUUCCAAUGAAGAAAACCGAACACUUUUUGAUGAAUUUAACCCCAGAAAUUUGUGGAAACUGGCAAAGAUUGAGGAGCUUAUUUCCGGCCAAGAUGGACUUAUAAGAUCUGCGUUAUUAAAGACCAAAAAUGGUAUAACUUCUAGGCCAAUUACGAAACUGUAUCCAUUAGAAUUAAAUUCUGGGGACGAUAACGAACCUUCAAUACCUACAAAGGAUCGAUCUUUAAGACGCCUCCAUUUAGGAAACAAUAAAAUUCUGACACUGUUUGAAGGAGCUUUUUUAGGUCUCGGCAAAUUGGAAGAACUACAGCUGCAUAGAAACCGCAUUAACACGCUACCUAGCCGUUUAUUUGCGCCAUUUAAUCGUCUCAUAAGGUUGGAACUUCAACAAAACAAAUUGAAAACAAUACAAAACUCCACCAAAACCUUUGCAUCAAUGACGUCAUUGAAAUAUUUAAAUUUAGCUGACAAUGGCUGUUCGUCUCUUCCCUCUACACUGUUCUCAAAUCUGAAAUCGUUACAGAAGCUAGAGCUGAGUGGAAACAAGCUUGGAAAAUAUUUACUGAAUGAUUUCGGAGGAAAUUUAUUUUUGGGAUUGGAGAAGCUUGAAUUUCUUGAUAUAUCAAGCAAUCAGAUCCAUUCCUUUCCUUAUAACAUAUUCAGAGACACGAAGAGUCUCAAUUUCUUGCUUCUACAGGAUAACUGGAUAUCUGGAUGGGGAGUGAACCUUUUCUCCCAUUCUAUUUCUCUUUCUUCUUUGGAUUUGUCAAAUAAUAUGAUUACAAUCAUCAACGAAGGGAAUAUGAAGAAUUUAGGAUCAUUAAAGACUGUCAACUUUACAAACAAUCCCUUUGCUUGCACCUGUGAUUUGCGUUGGUUUCGGAGAUGGAUCAAAAACACAAAAACAAAAGUGAUAAACCUUCAAAAAUAUGAAUGUAAUUCCCCUGCUGAAUGGAAAGGCAAAUUGCUGAUUUCUUUUGAUGACACCAAAAUUGAAUGUUCUCUUGUGUCCCUUUCAGCAGCUGUAGGAAUAGCUUUCGGAGUUCUUGGUGGAAGUUUAGUUAUUGCUUUUAUUAUCUAUCAACGUCGCUUCCAUAUGAUAUAUCAAUGGUAUAGGAUGAAAAGGCAGAUUUUCAGGAAGCAUGGAGACUAUGAAGAGAUUAGAAAUGAGGAAUUUGAUGCUUGCCUUAUUUAUUGGGAAACAUCCGAGGAUCAAGAAUGGAUCGAAAAAUAUUUUAUGCCAGACUUUGAUUUAGGAACCUCAGACGAUGAUUAUCAUGGUGCAUACAAAAUUUAUUAUCAUGAACGUGACACAAUGGCGAAUUUUCGGACCUUAGAAACAAUGAUGGAUAUCAUGGAAAAGAGCAGGAAAAUCAUUUUAGUGGUAACAAAGCAUUUAAAGUCGUAUCCUCCUGGACAGUUUCUGAUCUCAGAGGCUCUGACAUUACGAGCGGAUACACUUAGUGACAUUAUUAUUGUUACGGUAGGGGAAAUUUCAUUUGCAGAUGUACCUCGACUGCUGCAUACAAAAUUCAAGAUAGGUGAUCACAUUGAAUGGAAAGAAAAUGAUACAAAUUGCGAAAGUGCCUUCAAAGUAACAAUGAAAGUAAAGCUGGGCAUCCCCAUGAAAAAUAAUGAAUUUGAGAUCAUCUCAAGUGUACAGUUAAACGGACUCAUUCCAUCUCUCUCUCUGAAGGUGCUGGACGCUGUGAACUUGUCAACUCUAGAUAUGAGUUUUAACGAAAUUAAUAAUAUUCCAUCUGAAGGAUUUAAAACGCUGACAAAAUUAAACAUUUUAGAUCUGAGUAAUUGUGGAAUUCGUUAUAUUCAUGAAAACGCCUUCAUUGGACUCAAAAACCUUAACAAUCUUCAACUGAGCAAUAAUUAUGUACAAUCGGUACCUAAGAAUAUACCUAAGAAUUUGUUAUAUCUUUAUAUGUCUGGAAAUCAAGUCAAUGUUUUAAGAAAUAAUUCUUUCUCAGAUUUAAGAUCUUUAAGACGUCUUCAUUUAGGGAACAAUAAAAUUCUUACACUGUUUGGAGAAGCCUUUUUAGGUCUCAACAAAUUGGAAGAACUGCAGCUGUAUGGAAACCGCAUUAAUACUCUACCUAGCCGAUUAUUUGCUCCGUUCAUCCGUCUAAUUCAAUUGGAACUUCAACAAAACAAAUUGAAAACGAUACAAAACUCAACCAAAACAUUUGCCUCGAUGACGUCAUUGAAAUAUUUAAAUUUAGCUGAUAAUGGUUGUUCCUCUCUUCCUUCAACUCUGUUUUCAAAUCUGAAAUCGCUGCAGACCUUACAUCUUCGUGGAAAUCAGCUUGGAAAAUAUUUACUAAAUGAUUUCGGAGGAAAUUUAUUUUUUGGAUUGGAGAAGCUUGAAUUUCUUGAUAUAUCAAGCAAUCAGAUCCAUUCCUUUCCCUCUAACAUCUUCAGAGACACGAGGAAUCUCCAUACCUUGCUUCUUCAAGAUAACUGGAUAUCUGGAUGGGGAGCGAGUCUUUUCUCCAAUUCUAUUUCUCUUUCUUCUUUGGAUUUGUCAAAUAAUAUGAUUACAAUCAUCAACGAAGGGAAUAUGAAGAAUUUAGGAUCAUUAGAGUCUGUAAACAUUACAAACAAUCCCUUUGCGUGCACUUGUGAUUUGCGUUGGUUUCGGAGGUGGAUCAAAAACACAAAAACAAAUGUGACAAACUUUCAAAAAUAUAAAUGUAAUUCCCCUGCUGAAUGGAAAGGCAAAUCGCUGAAUUCUUUUGAUGACACCAAAAUUGAAUGUUCUCUUGUGUCCGUUUCAGUAGCUGUAGGAAUUUCUUGUGGUGCAUUAGUAGUAAGUAUUAUAAGUGCUUACAUAAUAUAUCAAAAUCGAUUUAAUAUUAUGUUUCUACGGUAUCGUAUGAAAAAAUGGUUCGCAAGGAAACAUGGAGGCUACGAAGAGAUUAGGAAUAAAGAAUAUGAUGCUUGCCUUAUUUACUCAGAAUCAUCCGAUGAGGAUAAGAAAUGGAUCAAAACAAAUUUUCUCCCAGACAUUGAUAGGGAAACCGAAGACGAUGAUCACCAUGGUGAAUAUAAAAUUUAUUAUCAGGAACGUGACACAUUGGGAAAUGCAAGUACUUUAGAAACUAUGCUGGACGUCAUGGAGAAAAGCAGAAAAAUCAUUUUAGUGGUAACAAAAAAUUUAAAGUCGUACCCUCCCGUACAUUAUUUGAUCACAGUGGCUUUAUGGUUACAGGGAGAUUUGAUUGAUGAUAUUAUUUUUGUAUCAGUAGGGGACGUUUCAUUCGCAGAUGUACCGCGACUGCUUCAUACAAAAUUCAGAAUAGGUGAUCAAGUUCAGUGGAAACAAAAUAAUAUAAAUUGCAAUCGAGUUUUUAAGGAAAGGAUUAAGGAAGAGUUGGGUAACCCGCUCACAGUUUAGGAUACAGAGAUGCACUAUCCUGUAGAAUGAACAUAUACUUUUUAUUUAUAUGAUAAUGACAAGAUGUUGGAUGUUAAAAGGGAGUUCCACGAGAUCCAAUGUGUAACUUUUUAACAAAUGAAUGUGUUAAUGAAAAUGGUACUGUGUCAACUUUUUUCUGAAAUCAUGCAAUAUAAAAAUUCUUAAAUCAGAAUAACACCGCAAUAGUAUAAUCCACACUUUGCAGAAGUUGUGUCCCUUUGCGGGGUCAUCCAAAAGGUCAAAAGGAAAAGAAAUGAUAUUUCUACUCUUUAUGCUACCAAACAUUUGGGCGUGCUCUGAGAAAUCCACUUUGUUAAUUUUUUUUCACUCAAUA